AUGGUCCAGACAAGGUCAAGGGCUACCAGCCCAGGCCCUCAAGAAAGUAAGGGCGACCGAUUGCCUACCGUGCAACCACCUUCUGUCCAACACGUGCAAUCCAUGGCUGCCACUAUGGCGGAGUUGACCCGCCAGAACCAGGAGUUGGUUAGAGAACUUAACAUAAAGAGGCAGCGUCAUGAUGGGAACACUGGAGGACAGGCCCAGAGUCAAGAUGGGAGGAAUGUCGAAUUUGAAAGUCAGUCAAGGGGUACCCCUCCAAGGAGGGUGCCUUACUUGGAAUGGGAGAUGGACCAAAUGAGAAGAAUUAUGGAUGAAAUGAAGGAGAGUAUGAAGAGGACGAACCCUGUAGAAGACUUGGUUCACAGAACUGAUUCCCCUUUUGUGCCUUCCAUCAAUGCUCACCCUUUGCCACCCAAGUUCAAGAUGCCUUCCUUAGAUUCAUAUGAUGGGACGCGGGAUCCGUUUGACCACAUUGCCACCUUCAAAACUACUAUGCACCUUCAAGGGGUUCCAGAUGAAAUAAUGUUCAGAGCUUUCCCUACCACCCUUAAAGGACCCACACGAGUGUGGUUCAGCAAAAUAUCUCCGAGCACAGUAAUGUCCUUCGAGGAGUUAAGCAAGUUAUUUGUCAACAAUUUCAUCGGAGGACAGAGGCACAAGCGUUCCUCGUCUAGUUUACUGACUAUAGAACAAGGAGAGAAUGAAAGUUUGCGGUCCUUCAUUACGCGGUUUAACAGGGAAGCCUUAGCAGUGGACGAGAUGGAUGACAAGCUCCUUUUAGUAGCUUUCCAUAAUGGGGUUCACUCUGACUUGUUCAUCCAUAAGCUAUAUGAGCAGGAGCCUCAAACCAUGGUUGAACUCGUCCAUUCAGCCCAAAAUUUUAUGAAUGCGAAAGAUGCUAUCAUAGCCAAGAAGAGGAAGAGAGUUGAGAAAAUGGAUGCCAACCCCACUCGCCAUUCAGAAUAA